AUGGUGGGGAGGAAGGAGCGCCGUAGAGUGCCAAACUUGCACGGCCCAGCUGUGUCUCGCGGGGGCGCGCGCUGUCCUCAGGCGCCCCGCCGCGGCGAUGAGGCGGGGACGGGAAAGCGGAAGCGACCUCAGGAGCACGGAGGUGGCUCAGACAUCUCGCUGCUUGGUUGUACGGCUGCGCGGAGACGUGACUUCGGACAAGACGUGGACGAUGGGCAGGGAGGCAUGGCCGCGUGGAUGGAACAGAGCGACGUCCGCGCCCGCAAGUGCCGCAUCACGACGACCGCGCGAGGGAGAAGCGCUGUAGCAACGCAGGACAUCAGAAAGGGAGAGGUCGUCGUGGACACGCCGGACGACAUGGUCCUCAUGCCGCACUCGUCUCGCAUCGCCAAGCACCUAGUCCAACAUGGGCUGUGCCAUCCCUCCGAGGGCGGGGCGGGGUUCGACGCGGAGGUGGCUGGCCUGACGUUGGCGCUGAUGGCGGAGCGCUCCGCAGUGUUGAGCGGGGGGGGCUCGCGGUGGAGCGGGUACGUGAGGUACCUGCCGGAGUCGGUCCCGGACUGUCCGCUGCUGUGGUCCGAGCGAGAGCUGGGCGGUCUCGCCGGGACGGCCCUGCUCGAGCGUCUGGAGGGCCGCGCACGCCCGGAGCUUAUCCCCCCCCCUGAAGCUGACGCGGGGCCGUCUCUGUGCGUCGCGCCGCCGUCGGGAGCGGCCCGGAUGUACGACGAGCUCGUGCGCCCGUUUCUGGACGCCGUCGGCGACCGCUGCGGCCUCCCCAGGUCCCCUGACAGCCGUGAUGCGUUCUUCAAAGCACUGUCCAUCGUGUCUGGAUACGGAUUCGUCCUCGGCGCCGACAGGUUCCAGGCGCUCGUGCCGUACUGGGACGCGCUGAACCACGUCACGGGCCGCGUGAACGUCCGCUUGCAUCACUCGGCCUCCAAGGGUCGCCUUCGUAUGAUUGCGAAACGAGACAUCGCGAAGGGUGAGGAGGUGAUCAACUCGUACGGCGACCUGCCGAACAGCGAGCUCCUGCGGUGCUACGGCUUUGCGGAGCCCAGGGCGAACCCGCACGACGCCGCAGAGCUCCACAUCGCCAACCUGUUCGCCGCGUCCGAGCCUACCGCUGGGAAGGGCGCGGACGAGGCGCGGAGUAGGUGCAGUCACGGUGGAGGGGAGUGCGCGGGACGGCGCGGCGCCGGGGCUCGGCCGCAGUGGGAUCUGAUCGAGUUCCUGAUCAAUCAAGGAAUCAUAUUUCGCAGCGGGUGGCUAUGGGUCAGGCCGCGUGGGGACACGGCGAGCGUCGCGGCAGCCCUGGAGGCGGCGCGGCUCGUGCAGUCGGAGCCGCGGGCCCUGCGGAAGUUCAUGAUUGCUGUCCAGACAUGGAGGGCGCCGCUGGUGCGCCCGCAGCCGCCUGGAGGGAGGGGUGCCGUUCUCGGGGCCGCGGCCGCCUUGGAGCGCGCCUGCGUGCGCCGGCUCGAGCAGCUGGAGGGCGUGCGCGGCGCUGCUGGCGAUGGAGGGUGGGACGGUGUUAGGGCACAGGUGGCGGGCAAGUUGCGUGCUGCGGAGCGUGCACAUCUCCUGCGCGCCGCAAAGGUCUUUUCUGAAAUAUCCACGGAAGGCGGCUUGGGCUCUGCGCUGGAAACAGAGCUGGCCAACUUCUGGCAGCACCCGCGCGCGGAGCUGGACAAUCAGCAUGACUGA